GGCUCUAGACUUAUUUCGAACAAUAAUGUAAUGUCAAAAAAUUUUGCUUCUGCAUCCCAACAACAAGGCUCUACUAAUUUGACAAAAGUGUUUCUUCUGUGUUGAAAAAUGUGUUUAAUGUUUUGAAAUAUUAUGUCUUUAUCGAAUUAUGUUAGUGGGCUUUCAGUAGAAGCCAAAGAAAAAUACCUUGAUAAAUUGGAUAUUCUUCAGUGUGAUUGCCCUUACAGUUUAUCUAAAGAUUUGUGGAAACAAGGACUUCAGUGUUGCACAAUUAUUCCCAAAAUAGAUCAUGGGGAUAUAUUCGCCUACUUAGUUUUCUCCAGAAGUAUUAUAGAUGUGGAGAAAACAAAGAGAGCCUUCAAAGGUCUCAAAGCUGAGUCAAAACAAGCAGUGAACGAUGGCUGGCUGAAACAAUUUAUGGCAAUGUGUUUGUCAUCUGGAGUGGUUUUAGUUAAAGCUAAGGUAACUCCAUCUCAAGCUAUCAGCAAAACUCCUCACUCACCAUGGGCUGCAUUAGGUGUUGAUGGCUGUGUAAUAUACGCUCAUUGUAUGGUAAUGCUUAAUGAAAUUUGGGAAAAUAAACCAAGAAAUUUAAGAAUGAGGCCAAUGACACUUUAUUUCAAUCAAUCUACAUACAAAACUUAA